AGUCAUGAUGGCUGCUGCUGCUUCUUCUUCUUCCUCCUCCGCUGUCUCUGAGCUGUGCCAGAAUAGAGGGAAGGUCUUCAUGGAUGCCUCCCAGCUCCUCCUCACAUAUGCGGACAAUAUACUGAGGAGUCCAAAUGAGGAAAAAUACCGAUCUAUAAGAAUUGGGAACACCGCAUUUUCUACCAGGCUUUUGCCAGUCCCAGGGGCUGUAGAAUGUUUAUUUGAAAUGGGAUUUGAAGAGGGAGAGACGCAUCUUGUGUUUCCCAAAAAGGCAUCGGUUGAGAAAUUGCGCAGGGUCCGAGACUGCAUAGCAUCAGAGAGGAACAAGAGGAUGGCUGGGUCAGAGACAGCUGCGCCGGCUUCUCCAGCUUCACCAGCUUCUCCAGCUGCUCCAAGUACACAACAACCACCCAACCCCAGCCUGGCAAACAGACCCCAGCCCACAGCAGAGACUUCUUCCAACUACGCGGCUUCCGAGAUACGAUUUUUGCAGACACUACAGUCAAAUGCACAGCACGUGCUUGUUUACGAGCGACCUGAACUUCAGCAAAAAGCUCGAGACCAAAUUCCUGUAUCAGAACUACAAGCAAGAGCUCAAGAAAAACUGCUGCAAGCCCGAAGUCUCGACUCGGAGUCCACCGUCAAUGAAGAUGAUUUCCUCAUGUUAGAAUUAUUACGCUGGUUUAAAGAAGACUUCUUCCAUUGGGUCAACAGCCUGCCCUGUAGCCAAUGUAAUGGACAGACUGAGACUAAAGAGUCGCUCUCCCCGAGCACAGAUGAUCUUCGGUGGGGGGCAACAAGGGUGGAAAAUCAUUACUGUACCAAGUGUAAUCACAUCAACAGGUUUCCUAGAUACAAUAACCCAGAGAAGCUCUUGGAGACCCGGCGGGGUCGCUGUGGAGAGUGGGCCAACUGCUUCACACUGUGCUGCAGGGCAAUGGAGCUAGAAGCAAGAUAUGUAUGGGACACUACAGAUCAUGUCUGGACUGAGGUGUUCUCUACAUCUCAAAACAAAUGGCUCCAUUGUGACCCAUGUGAAAAUGCUUGUGAUAAGCCUCUGUUGUAUGAGGUGGGAUGGGGAAAGAAGCUGUCCUACAUCAUUGCAUUCUCCAAAGAUGAGGUGGUUGAUGUGACUUGGAGGUAUUCGUGCAAACAUGAAGAAGUCCUCUUGCGGAGGAAAGAGGUUCGAGAAAGCUGGCUACGGGAAACCAUUACUGCUCUCAACAAGACGAGGCAGCAGUCCUUACCAGAACACAGGAAGAAAGAGCUCCUUGGGAGACUGAUAGUGGAGAUUGUGGAGUUUAUGUCUCCGAAGACACCAAAACCUGGAGAGCUUGGAGGCAGAAUAACAGGAUCUGUAGCCUGGAGGGUGGCGCGAGGAGAAGUUGGUGUGCAGGUCCAGAGUGUGGUGUUUGUUCCCACUGAAAAAGAAAGAGCUGCUAAACGUUUCCAUUUGCAGUACGACAUUGUGAAUGAUCAGUACACACGAGUCUCAAAUGGCAGUGAAGUGAUUGCUGGCUGGGAAAAUGGAGCCUGGAUAAAUGAGUCCAUGUUCAGAAAAGUAGAAAAUGACUGGAAGAUGGUAUAUUUAGCUCGCAGGGAAGGUACUUCAUCAGCCAAAAUCGGUUGGAAGGUUGAGUGUGCAUCAGCUGGACUUAAAGUGGAGAGUAUCAGUGUCCGAACAAGCAGCGAGACUUUCCAUAGUGGUACAAUAAAGUGGAAGCUGCAUUCUACAGAAACACAAGUGGAUGUUAAUCCUGAUAAGAACCUCUAUUCUUACCCAGAGUUUGUAAACGCACCAGAAGUGGUAUUGGAAGCUGAAUUGUGUGGUGGAGAAGGAAGUUCUGCAUGGCAACAUACACAACUGUUUCGGGAGAGCAUGACCAACAAUGAAAACACGAUGGAAAUGAUUGUGACUUUUACAGAAACCUAG